AACUAACUAAAGAAGAGGAUUUGGAUUUAUUGGCAUGCCUCAAUUAUAUAGUUGUUAAUGAGAUGGCUAUUUAACAAUUGGGGCUAUUUAAAUAUUAAUGGUUUUGUCAUUAAUAAAUUAAAAGAAGAACAAUUGAAGAAGGUUUUAUAUAGAAAUUGGGGCUAUUUAAAUAUUAAUGGUUUUGUCACUAAUAAAUUAGAAAAAGAACAAUUGAAGAACAAAAUCUUUUCUCUCUCUAGACUUGGCGCUUUCCCUUCUCUCUAGAAGGGGGUUAGGGCUGGGGGAUUGUUUAGCAUGCUCGAAGGAAAAUCUCAUGGAGGGGGAUGGCAAGAGGUCAGAAAGAAGUCGUUCAAGCAAUGGGUGGCAAGGUGGGACGUUUUUCCUUGGGGAGGUGGAGAUUUAAAGCGUCUGAAAGGAGGGGUCAUCACUUCCAUUUAUUUCUCGGAGUUCCCUGAUCCCAGUUCUGCGAAGGACUUCUUCGAGUUGUUUGGAUGUAUCGGGUCGGUGUUUGAAGUAUCCAUUUCUUCGCGGAAGAACAAGUGGGGAAAGAAAUUUGGCUUCGCCAAAUUUGUGGAUGUGGAGGAUGAAAGAAUGGUGGCGAUUCGGUGUGACAAUGUCUGUAUUUCAGGGAGAAAAAUCCUUGCCAAUAUACCUAGGUUUGAGAGGCGGAAGAUUGCGGAGACUGUUCGAUUUGCGGGUAAUUUCGUCAGGAAGCACGGGGGUGUCAUUAGAAGGGAAGGAGAGCAGAAGGUGAUGGAUGGUAAUGUUAAAGCUGUUAGCAAAAACAGGUCGUUUGCGGAGGUCCUCUUGAACGCAAACCAGAAGGGGGAGCGAAGGGAGGAAGUAAAUCAUCUUCUCAGUUAUACCUUUGCUGAAGGGGACAAAGUUCGAAUCAGUAAAGCGUACGUCGGAGUGGCGACUUUUCCUGGAUCUACCCGCAUUAUUCAGACUCAUUUUGAAAUGGAGGGGUAUUUCGAUGUUAAAGUUACACCGAUGGGUGGUAAUUUGUGCCUUCUCGAAGAAGUGGAUGAAGGAGCAAUUCAAGAUUUAAUUGAGGGCGGCGAGGCGUGGUGGAAGCAAUGGUUCCGGGAGAUUAGGAGGUGGAAGGACACUGAUGUUGAUGAAGGGAGAUUGAUAUGGAUUAGAGUCUUUGGUGUGCCGAAACACGCGUGGAACUCUGAGUUUUUUUGUCAAACUAGCAGAUUCUUUGGGAUCUUUCGUGUGUCUUGGUGAAUCAACGACAAAGGAUUCUAGUUUUGAUGUUGCAAGAAUUUUGGUAAGGGUAGCUGUUUCAUUCUCGCUAGCAGGGUCAACGAAUGUUCUUAUCGACGGCGAGAAUUUUCUUCUGACACUUAGGGAAGGUUGCUGAUGGUCCUCUGAGGUAUUCUUCAGAUAGGUAAAUGAAGUGGUAAUAAUUAAAAUAAACUCGUACACGUAACAUAGCUGCAAGUACCAAAAUUUGAACUUUAGUGAUGACCUCUAAUUUAGAAAUAUCGACAUAUGAAGCACAAACUGUGAAACGACACCGAAACACAACACGAUAUGGACAUUCAAUGUGUUUAAAUAUUGUAUUAAGUAUCAAUGUUUUAUCCUCUUUGUGUGGAA